CUAUGUAGUCUUCUUUUUCUGGUGCCGCGGCGCCUGAAGCGCCAGCAUCUCCGUGAUAGAAUCUUGGGGCUGUGGAACGUCGCCGCAGCCAGCAUGGAGACCUUGUACCGAGUGCCCUUCGUGGUCCUAGAAUGUCCCAAUCUGAAGCUGAAGAAGCCGCCCUGGGCCCACAUGCCAUCAGCAAUGACGGUGUACGCUUUGGUGGUGGUGUCUUAUUUUCUCAUCACUGGAGGAAUAAUUUAUGAUGUCAUUGUGGAACCUCCCAGUGUUGGAUCUAUGACAGAUGAACAUGGACAUCAGAGACCAGUUGCCUUCUUGGCAUAUAGAGUAAAUGGACAAUAUAUUAUGGAAGGACUUGCAUCCAGUUUCCUGUUUACAAUGGGAGGUUUAGGUUUCAUAAUCCUAGACCGAUCCAAUGCACCAAAUAUUCCCAAGCUCAAUAGGUUUCUCCUUCUAUUCAUUGGUUUCGUCAGUGUCCUCUUGAGUUUCUUCAUGGCGAGAGUGUUCAUGCGAAUGAAGCUGCCGGGCUAUCUACUGGGUUAGACUUCCUUUUGUGAAGACUCGAUAAUAACUGGAUUUGCUCCUUUUAAAGACAUUUCAAAGGCCAUUCGGCUCUCCAGAAAAUAAUUUGGAACGUGGAUUGUCUGUGACUCAGAAUGACAUAAGGAAAGGUCUGAUGAAAAAUUUAAAAAAAAUUUGUUCAUGUUUUGGAAAAGAAUUAAUAAAGUAUUUCAUUAUUUCCUAAAAGCCCAAUUAUAAAUUUCACAAACAGCACUUCUGGUGAACAUGUACACAAGUAAAUUCAGGGAGCUGGAGCCUCCAGGCUGAUAACUCUAUCCAGUGGAUCAGCUUUGCCUUGACCCUUUGUAUUUUAAGUGUAGCUUUCAGAGUCUAAUUUUAUGUGUCUUUGUCCCUAAAUUACAAUAAAAUGUAUGGAAGGAGCCACAAUAAAUCAUUUUUCUAUUGAA